UCCUGUAUUCCGAGGCCAACAAAGUGAAAGUGACGUGGAUGAAACGUGUAGAGAGGAAUCGUCGCAGUCAAUUGACUGUUGUACCUGUGUGACCAGGCUGAAAUGACAGUGCUCUGUGUUGGUGUCCCGUUACACAUGUGGCUGAGUAGACUAUAUAAGCAGCGCAAUGCAAACCAGUCGUAUAAAUCAGUGUGUGCUGCUGUCUACCCCUGCAGAAUUGUUUGAGGAGCGAGAUAGGCUGCUGCAGAUUUCAUUCCUUUCGAAUUAUUUGAAAGAGCAAAACAUAUUUUUUUAGCAAUAAUGGGUGUUAUGGUUUCGCAACUCUUCUCUCGUUUCUUCGAGAAAAAACAGAUGAGAAUUCUGAUGGUUGGGUUAGAUGCUGCAGGGAAGACCACUGUCCUGUACAAACUAAAACUUGGAGAAGUUGUCACCACUAUCCCCACUAUUGGGUUCAAUGUGGAGACGGUUGAGUACAAGAACAUCAGCUUCACGGUGUGGGAUGUAGGUGGUCAGCACGUCAUCAGACCUCUGUGGAAGCAUUACUACCAGAACACGCAGGGUCUUAUAUUUGUGGUAGACAGCAACGAUCCUGAGAGGAUAAAUGAUGCUACAGAGGAACUACAGAACAUGCUUGAAGAGGACCAGUUGAGAGAUGUAGUUCUGCUGGUGUUCGCCAACAAACAGGACCUUCCCAACGCCAUGUCUGUCAGUGACAUCACAAAUAAACUGGGACUGAGGAAACUUCAACUGAAUACUCCUUGGUUUGUCCAGGCUACCUGUGCGACCCAGGGUUCAGGUCUGUUGGAAGGACUGGACUGGUUGGCUGACCAGCUUUCCAAGCGCUAACUAGCUGAGUUGGCUCUGUAGCGACGUUUACCCCUAGGUACAGGUCUAGGAUCAGCUUCCCCUCCCCCGAACAUAACCUUAAUCAUUAGUGAGUUCAUUAGAACGUGCGUUGAAGAUGUCGUUCCCAUAGCAACGAUUAAAACAUUCCCGAACCAGAAACCGUGGAUUGAUGGCAGCAUUCGCGUGAAAUUGAAAGUGCGAGCCACUGCUUUUAAUCAGGGCAAGGUGACCGGAAACAUGACCGAAUACAAACAGUGUAGCUAUUCCCUCCACAAGGCAAUCAAACAAGCUAAGCGUCAGUAUAGAGACAAAGUAGAAUCGCAAUUCAACGGCUCAGACACAAGAGGUAUGUGGCAGGGUCUACAGUCAAUCACGGAUUACAAAAAGAAAACCAGCCCAGUCACGGACCAGGAUGCCUUGCUCCCAGGAAGACUAAAUAACUUUUUUGCCCGCUUUGAGGACAAUACAGUGCCACUGACACGCCCGCAACCAAAAAAUGCGGACUCUCCUUCACUGCAGCCGAGGUGAGUAAAACAUUUAAACGUGUUAACCCUCGCAAGGCUGCAGGCCCAGACGGCAUCCCCAGCCGCGCCCUCAGAGCAUGCGCAGACCAGCUGGCCGGUGUGUUUACGGACAUAUUCAAUCAAUCCCUAUGCCAGUCUGCUGUUCCCACAUGCUUCAAGAGGGCCACCAUUGUUCCUGUUCCCAAGAAAGCUAAGGUAACUGAGCUAAACGACUACCGCCCCGUAGCACUCACUUCCGUCAUCAUGAAGUGCUUUGAGAGACUAGUCAAGGACCAUAUCACCUCCACCCUACCUGACACCCUAGACCCACUCCAAUUUGCUUACCGCCCAAAUAGGUCCACAGACGAUGCAAUCUCAACCACACUGCACACUGCCCUAACCCAUCUGGACAAGAGGAAUACCUAUGUGAGAAUGCUGUUCAUCGACUACAGCUCAGCAUUUAACACCAUAGUACCCUCCAAACUCGUCAUCAAGCUCGAGACCCUGGGUCUCGACCCCGCCCUGUGCAACUGGGUACUGGACUUCCUGACGGGCCGCCCCCAGGUGGUGAGGGUAGGUAACAACAUCUCCACCCCGCUGAUCCUCAACACUGGGGCCCCACAAGGGUGCGUUCUGAGCCCUCUCCUGUACUCCCUGUACACCCACGACUGCGUGGCCACGCACGCCUCCAACUCAAUCAUCAAGUUUGCGGACGACACAACAGUGGUAGGCUUGAUUACCAACAACGACGAGACAGCCUACAGGGAGGAGGUGAGGGCCCUCGGGAGUGUGGUGUCAGGAAAAUAACCUCACACUCAACGUCAACAAAACUAAGGAGAUGAUUGUGGACUUCAGGAAACAGCAGAGGGAACACCCCCCUAUCCACAUCGAUGGAAAAGUAGUGGAGAGGGUAGUUUUAAGUUCCUCGGCGUACACAUCAUAGACAAACUGAAUUGGUCCACCCACACAGACAGCAUCGUGAAGAAGGCGCAGCAGCGCCUCUUCAACCUCAGGAGGCUGAAGAAAUUCGGCUUGUCACCAAAAGCACUCACAAACUUCUACAGAUGCACAAUCGAGAGCAUCCUGUCGGGCUGUAUCACCGCCUGGUACGGCAACUGCUGGUAAGGACACCUACACCACCCGAUGUCACAGGAAGGCCAUAAAGAUCAUCAAGGACAACAACCACCCGAGCCACUGCCUGUUCACCCUGCUAUUGUCCAGAAGGCGAGGUCAGUACAGGUGCAUCAAAGCUGGGGCCGAGAGACUGAAAAACAGCUUCUAUCUCAAGGCCAUCAGACUGUUAAACAGCCACCACUAACAUUGAGUGGCUGCUGCCAACACACUGACUCAACUCCAGCCACUUUAAUAAUGGGAAUUGAUGGGAAUUGAUGUAAAAUAUAUCACUAGCCACUUUAAUUCAACAAUGCUACUUAAUAUAAUGUCUACAUACCCUACAUUAUUUAUCUCAUAUGUAUACGUAUAUACUGUACUCUAUAUCAUCUACUGCAUCUUUAUGUAAUACAUGUAUCACUAGCCACUUUAAACUAUGCCACUUUGUUUACAUACUCAUCUCAUAUGUAUAUACUGUACUCGAUACCAUCUACUGCAUCUUGCCUAUGCCGCUCUGUACCAUCACUCAUUCAUAUAUCUUUAUGUACAUAUUCUUUAUCCCUUUACACUUAUGUGUAUAAGGUAGUAGUUUUGGAAUUGUUAGCUAGAUUACUCGUUGGUUAUUACUGCAUUGUCAGAACUAGAAGCACAAGCAUUUCGCUACACUCGCAUUAACAUCUGCUAACCAUGUGUAUGUGACUAAUAAAAUUGGAUUUGAUUUGAUUUAGUUGGGGAAAUGUAAAACUAACCCAAGAUCAGUGUCUAGGAGCAAAGUCACUCUAUAACAGCUGAGCCGAGCCCUCCUUAAGAACGACCAGGACACAACGUUUACUCAAGGACAACCAUACAAUCAGAACAAAACUUAGAAGUGGCUUUCUGAAAUGUUUCCAUUUCCAUUUUUUGGGGGUAAUGCACUUCAAUGUAUUGCACAUAUUGUAACUUGGAAAGUUAUAUAAAAUAUAUAUAUUUUAAAAUAUCACUGAAUGACUGUAAGCAGAUUCUUUAUCAACACCCCUGUAUUUAUUUCCUGACUUCCAAUACUACCUCUAAUAAAAUCAUGGUGUGUAAAUGUA